UGGAUUAGCGACAAGAAUCUACCCAACCCAAAACAAAACAUAUGGCAUUGACUUUACACCAACUACAAACACCAACCUGCUUCUUCAUCGUUUCACAUUCACUCUUUGAUGAUGGCGAAAGAAACGAGCCAUUUGGGAAUAAUAUCCUUCAUUAAUCUUUUUUUAUUAUACUCACACGCCAUCUUCAUUCUCUGUUACGAUGAUCAUCUCCGAACAACCGCGGAAACUGAUUUGAGAGUAGGAGAAAGUAGUGGAAGUUUCAAGAUUGGUAUUUUUGCUGACUUGCAUUUCGGAGAGAACGCGUGGACUGAUUGGGGUCCUCGCCAGGAUAUCAACUCUGUCAGAGUUAUGUCUACUGUACUUGACCAUGAAACUCCUGCAGAUUUUGUCAUAUACCUUGGAGAUGUCAUUACUGCCAACAACAUACCAAUUGCAAAUGCAAGCUUGUAUUGGGAUCAAGCAAUGUCUCCGACAAAAGCAAGGGGCAUACCAUGGGCUAGUGUGUUUGGAAACCAUGAUGAUGCACCAUUUGAGUGGCCGCUAGAGUGGUUUUCAGCCCCUGGAAUUCCGCAACUUCUCUGCCCUGUGGCCAAUUCAUCACAUUCAGGUCAAGGAGAUUGUGGCUUCAAAGGCACACAUCGUAUGGAGCUAAUGAAGAAAGAAAUUGAUUAUAAUGUGCUAUCACAUUCUGGAAUUGGGCCUAAAGAUCUAUGGCCAAGUAUUUCUAAUUAUGUUCUCCAGGUCUCAUCAUCAAAUGAUCCUGUGAAAGCUGUGGCCUAUAUGUACUUUUUAGAUUCUGGUGGUGGCUCAUACCCAGAAGUUAUAUCAAGUGCCCAAGCAGAAUGGUUCCAGCUUAAAUCUCAAGAGAUUAAUCCUGAUUCAAGCGUUCCUGAGAUAGUUUUUUGGCAUAUACCAAGUAAAGCUUAUAAGAAAGUGGCUCCAUAUUUUGGAAUCCACAGGCCUUGUGUGGGUUCAAUGAAUAGGGAAAGUGUCACUCCACAAGAAGCUGAAAUGGGUAUAAUGAAAAUUCUCGUCCGAAGGCAUUCUGUCAAGGCAGUGUUUGUUGGACACGACCAUGGAUUGGACUGGUGUUGCCCCUAUCACAAACUCUGGCUUUGCUAUGCUAGACACACUGGCUAUGGUGGCUAUGGAAAUUGGCCUAGAGGGGCUAGAAUUGUGGAGAUCACUGAAGAUCCUUUCUCUAUUAAAUCAUGGAUAAGGAUGGAAGAUGGACUUGUACAUAGUGAAGUCAUCUUGAGUUGAUGACAUGCAGCUUCCACAUUGCAAUGUAUAUUUAGCAUCAAGGGAUUGAAAAUUGUUUUGAAUUAAAUGGAAAAAGGUGAAAUGUAGAUGUGUAAGUAUAAAUAUAAAAAUGUGAAAUGAAGAUGUGUAUGUAUGAAUGCUUUUAUUGUAUAAACAUUCUUCUGUUGUGUGUUUA